AUGCUCCAGGCAGUAGGAGGUACCGUACCUCCAAACACUGAUCAUGCGAUCAGUGUCUCUCUUCCCACAUGGAAGAGUAAUGUUGGAUACGAAGAAGGGCAAGACUGGGUUAUAAGCCGCAUGCAAUGUGGAUAUCCCAGGUUCUUCGUUCAUCCUCUCAUUCAAUCGCUGGCCCAAGAAGUACUGCGCCGUUGUGGUAAUGCCGACCUCGAAGCUGCGACACUUUUCCCUUCAUUGCGAACCGCUACGAUAUGUCGAAACUUUGUAGUUGCAAGGAUACCACCUGAGGAGUCUUCUAAAAUCCGUAUCGUUGGAUUCGUACCGUCCCCAAAAGCCGAUUCCGAUAUUCGAUCCCAUGUUAACUCCAAGCUGUUCGGCGUGAUCUACCCAAAAGAAUACGCACCAAUUGCUAAACAAGUCUGGCAACAUACUGGAGAUGGUGUGCAAAGUCGGCGCAGUGAAUUCUGCUCAAGCGCUUUACAAGAUGGUUACCUCGUGGAGGACACUUCUAUAGGACCGGACGGGAAACCAUCCAUCUUUUCCAAAGGACCGAGACGAUAUCAACAGCGGACCCCAACACCCAAAGAACAUGAACACGCUUCAAAGGCAACCGAAUCAUCUGAUGGGCAAGAAUUCUCGGCGUUCGUUGAAGAACGGUUCGGUCGCAAUCUGAGUGCAACAUUGGCGCAAAAUGCGAAAAGGGCGAUGCGAAGACGAAUUGCCGGCUGUCUCACCGCCAACGUCGACCUUCAGGAAGCCCUAGAAAGCGAAGCUUCAAGUGGUCGCAUUGCGGGCUUGACAGAAGAAGAUGUUUUCCUAUACCCUACAGGCAUGAGUUCUAUUUUUAACACUCAUCGGACCCUUCUGAAUGCCAAAGGCUCUUUGAAAAGUAUAUGCUUCGGAUUUCCAUACACUGAUACACUGAAGAUCCUCGAGAAAUGGGGCCCCGGCUGCUUAUUUUACGGCCAUGGAUCAUCAGAAGAUCUACAAGAUCUUGAAAAUCGUCUAGAGAAAGGGGAGAGGUUCCUCGCAUUAUUCACAGAGUUCCCUGGAAAUCCGUUGUUGAAGUCUCCUGAUCUCAAGCGGAUCAGUGGGCUGGCAAAGAAGUACAAUUUCUACGUUGUGGUAGACGAGACAAUUGGUAGUUUUAUCAACGUGAACGUCUUGCAGCAUGCGGAUGUCGUCGCUAGCAGUUUGUCCAAGAUCUUUAGCGGCGACAGCAACGUCAUGGGGGGCAGUGUGGUGCUUAAUCCCCAGGGCCGUCAUUACAAAUUAUUGAAAAACGCAUUCACAACAGAUUACGAAGACAACGUCUGGGCUGAAGACGCUGUCUUUCUUGAGAGGAAUAGCCGCGAUUUCAUAUCUAGGAUCGAAAAGAUCAAUAAAACUACAGAAUUUGUUACUGAGAUUUUGAAAGUGUCUCCGCUUGUGAAGGAAGUUCAUUACCCGAAAUACAGCUCUACGAGACAGUUUUAUGACGCCUUACGGCAUCCAACAGGAGGUUAUGGUGGUUUGUUCUCUAUUACAUUUCACACAACGAAAGAUGCCAUCACAUUCUUUGAUGCGCUCGAAGUUAUGAAAGGGCCCAGUCUUGGGACUAAUUUUACUUUGAGCUGUCCGUACACAUUGUUAGCUCAUUAUGGCGAGGCCGAUUGGGCUUCUUCUUUCGACGUCCCAUUCGAUUUAGUCCGCGUCAGUGUCGGGCUGGAAGACCCUGAAGACCUCGGUGGUUGCUUCCAGCGUGCUUUGGAUGCGCGGCUACGCGCCCGUCCGGGAUUUUUUGGAUCAACAGCUCAGAAGACAUUCAUCAGUCCAGUGGUAUCGACUAGGCAUUUCAACACGACCUCCUGGUGGUUACCCACUCACUUCUUUCAAUUCGAUUCUGUUCCUCUUUCUCAAAAGAUUGCGCUUGUUUUUUUUCUUUCUGGGGAAUGGCAUAGUCCCAUCCUCGGUCCCUUGAAUCUCGGAGGUCUCAAAUUUGCGUAUCCGGAUCAUUCAACACCACUCACUUCCUACUGCAACAUUGCAAUUGAACAAAUAGUUCAAUUGGCAAUUAAUACGCUCGAAAAGAAAAUGCAGUCCUCUCUCAGUGCCGCUCGGCAAUCUCUCGUUUCUCUCCCUUUCUUGCUGCCGUCCUGGUGUGAACUGGCUUCGAUAUCAGGGAGACGAUACCAAUCCACUUACCGGCGCACAAAACAACGACUCCGUGUGAAACCAGACGCUUCCUUUGAACCAACGCAAGGAAAGCUUGAUAGCAUCAUAUUCAACCCUCCCUCGAGCGCACCGGAUGCCACCCACACGCCCAAUAUAUUCCUUCCGAAAUCUGAUAUUCGAAGAAAUCUUGUCCAACCCGAACCGACACAAAUCAUUUUACCUGAGGAACUUCCCUGGGCAACGACUGCCCCCAAAAGGCAGAAAUAUCAUUUAACGGUGGAGGAUGUUAAAGAGAUCAGGAGACUACGUAUGUCAGACCCGGUCGAGUGGAGUCGUUGGAAGCUUGCGAGGAAAUUUGACUGCUCUGCCCGGUUUAUCAAUAUGGUCUGUGAACCUAUUCCACAAGAGCAGAAGCAAGAGAUCCACAAGAAGGUGUUGGAAGCUGUGAAGUCGAGAUGGGGUGCUAAGCGGCGCAUGGCCAGGGAGGACCGGGAACUUAGAAAGGAGGCCUGGGCUAAGGAUGAAUAAGGAGAAAGUGAUGCAUUCAGCUUCAGAAAGGACAGCGCCGCAGAAAACAUACAGAUUCUGCAUUUUUAAACCCGAGGCGAGUAAAGGGGUUUUGCUUGAGACUGUUCUUAUACUCAUCAUGUAUUAUCAUAGAAUUUUUCAGUGUAACUUUAUUAUUUGAGAGACUACCAAAAUUCACUUCAUUCCACAUAUUUCAAGU